UUUUUAUCAGACUCUACAGUUUAUAUUGCGUAGUAUUCUCCGACGACACUUGAUGCAAAGAUGUUUUUCGUAGUAAUAAUUGCUCUUCUUCUUAUAAUAUAUGAAUAUUAUAAAUAUUUAAGCAGUAAACCAUCAGGAACACCUCCAGGGGUCGUUGGAUUACCAUUAAUAGGAAUUUACUGGUACUGUUUAUGGUACGAUUACAAAUUUCCAUAUCGAUGGUUUGGCUAUUAUUCAAAGAAAUUAAAAUCUAAAGUGAUUAGUUGUUACUUGGGACCGUUUUUUACGGUAAUAGCUAACGAUUAUGCAAGCGUGAAGGAAUUGUUACUGAAAGAAGAGUUCGAUGGUAGAUUAUCUGAAGCUUAUUUUAUUAAGGCACGAGCAUUUAAUAAAAAAUUGGGUAUAUUUUUUACUGACGGAGAUCAAUGGCGAGAACAAAGAAGAUUCGCUCUUCGUCAUAUGCGAGAUUUCGGAUUUGGUCGAAGACAUGAAAUAUUUGAAACUAAAAGUAUGGAGGAACUAAAUAUUUUAAUGGAUAUGUUAAAAAAUGGCCCUAUAAACGAAAAUGAAAAGAAAAUUUAUAAAGACGGAUUGGCUCUUUUCCCCGACUUUUUAUUCCCAUUCUUUGUUAACAAUAUAUGGGAAAUCAUGUUUGGAUACAGAUUCGAACGUAACAAAUACGGGAAACUUUGUUACUUCGGUGAAAAAGCUAUGAAAUUUGUAAGAUCAGGCGACACAAUGGGGGGUGCUACCUUCAUCUGGCCGAUCACUUGCUCUUUUGGAAAUUUAUUUUCAUUCACAGAUGCAAUGGAAUCGAAUUAUAUUAUGAUAGAUUUCAUAAAGAAAUAUUUGUAUAAAUAUAAAGAAAUGCACGGGGAAAAUGGCGACUACGGAUUUGUAGGUAGUUACUUGAACAAACUAAAAGAGAGCAAUAUUCCCUCUUCCUACACGGAGGAAUAUCUUCUACUAACAUUGUUAGAUUUCAUCUUACCUGCUAUACUCUCGACAAGUAGCAAUAUUACGUUCGCUAUUAAAUUCAUGAUGCAUUUUCCAAACGUGGCGAAAAAAGUUAAAGAGGAGAUACACCAGGUCGUUGGAAAUGGAAGAUUGCCUACUUGGGAAGAUAGAAAUAAACUUCCAUAUACAGAAGCGACUAUACGCGAAACUAUGAGAUACGAAACGCUUACUCCACUUGGCGUUAUACGUAGAUGUAUUAAAGAUACGACUUUUCAAGGAUAUUUUAUUCCCAAUAAUACAGUUUUGAUACCCAAUAUCGCUGAGAUAAACCAUGACCCGGAUUUUUGGGGUGAUCCAAAAAAUUUUAGACCGGAGAGAUUUUUGAAGGAUGACGGACAACUUAAUAAAGAUUUUUCGUUACCUUUUGGAGCAGGUCACAGACUCUGUGCUGGAGAAACGUUCGCGAGAUUUAUGAUAUUUGAAGUUUUUGCUACCUUGAUGCAAAACUUCGAUUUUUCUUUCGUCGAAGGUCAACCGACGAGAAUUGAAGAUAAGUUCUCCGGUAUCAUUACUACACCAACAGAAACUUGGAUUCGCCUAAAGCCACAUUCUUAAUGUGCGAUUUAUUCGAAUAAGUUCUGGUAGACAUAAACGAAAAAGAUAAAACGAUUUUUUAUUAUAGAUAGCAUAUAUUUUUAACAUGUUACAUUUCAAGGAUAUUUACUUGUUAGGUACAUGUUGGUACGAAUAAUACAAAUCUUAAAUUUAUGG